AUGAUAUCUCGUAUAGUUCUAUGCCAUCGUGGUGUUUCAUCUCGCGCGCUAUCAACCUCAGCCUUGGAGACCUAUUCUUUUGUUCAUGCGCGCACUGAAUACCGCAAAGAGGUCGCGAUGCUACGUAAGGUGUUCAUUAAAGAGGAAAAGCAUCGCAAACUCAGACUCAAACGUGAUGCGGAGGCCGAACGCCAGAAAUUAACGAUGGCGAAAGCGGCUCGAUUGGAAAUCAAGCGCCAGCAAAGGGAACUCCGCGCAAAGGACGUAGCUUACGAGAAGACCGCGCAGGCCGAGAAAGCAAGAAAGCGCUUUGAGGAAAAGAAUUCGAUACGACAGGAGCGAGCUGCCGAGGUGGAGCGCCGUCGCGAAGCGCUGUUGGUAUCACUGCGUCAGCAAGUCAAUAAAUGGACAACUGCGGAGAAUUAUUCGGAAAAGCUAAAAGAGGACGUAUUUAUCUACUCUCCGCAUCAAAUCUCAGCGCGAGGAUUAUUUGACAUAUCAAACACGUCAGGCAGUGCCAUCUCUUGGUUAGAAAAGCUGCAGCGAAUGAAGCCUGCUGGCAUGCUUGAUAGCAGUGAUGAAGCUGCAGCAUCCACCGUUGCAUCAACAGCUGAUGACGAGGACUCUUCAUCACACGUCUUGAGCACUGAUGCCAGCAACAUUAUGGAAGCGUCAAAGGUGAAAAAGACGGAUUAA